GGGCUAAGACAGAUGAGUGGCUGGUACCAGCAGGGGCUGAGACAGAUGAGUGGCUGGUACCAGCAGGGGCUGAGACAGAUGAGUGGCUUGGCAACACAUCCUGCGGCUACUCCUCAGAACAUAAACACAGCAGAAAGACAAAGUAGCGACUCUGAAGGGUCUUCAACUGAACAGACAAGAAGCGCCCGGGCUUCUCGCGCAACCAGCAUUGCAUCCAUCAUUGACUCUGCUAUUGACAGCUUGUAUCCAGAAGAACCCAAGUCUAGGUCAAGACCAUUGAGCCGCUCUCGCCGGCCAAAAAUAAACAGCAUCAUGACGCUAAGCAACUUGGACCCUUCAUUCUAUUCUAUGUUGGAUGACGAACUUCAGAUGUUGAUCAAAUGGAAGUACCAGGACGUUCUAGGUAAUUCGCAGGUAAAUCUGGACGAUCUUGACGAUCUUGUGAAUAUUUUGAAGAAUGUUCGAUGUAAUCUUUUGCAAGGAGAAAUGGUGACAGACGAUAUGGUUCUGUUUGUGUGUCGUUUUCUACAGGCUACAGGUUAUGAAACAGUUAUGGAACUUGAAGAUUCUCUGGCGGCCCAUAAGAUGUUCAGGAUGUAUAUGGAUGACUUGCUUGCUCCGAGUUCUGAAGUGGAACCACCUGUAGAAGGUGCAGGACAUGUCUCACCAGAGCAGCUGGUUUUUCCAAAUCUUGACCAAAGAAGGGCAAGACAAGACUCGGCGCAGGCGUCUGAGCCAGCUGUUUUUUCACACGUCAGUGACCCCGUUCAAGCUUUCCAGCCAUUUCUUGGCGAUUCUUAUGUGCGUUCAAAGGUGAGAAAACCUAAAGUACACGAAAAGAGCCCAAAAGAAAAAGCUGACAAGAGUGACAAAGAGCAUGAUCCUAAGAAGCCGCUCCAGAAGGGACACUGCUUUGAUUCAAACAUCAGAGAGCAGGAUACACCCCAGAGAGGUAGAAUUCAACAAUCUAAAUCUAUAGAACGUGCUAAAGCCAUCAAAGAACGUCAACAAAAACAAGAUCACGACUCAAACUUUAUAAUUCAGCUGGAAACAGAAAACACACUUAAGGUAGUGAAACGUCAAGAGUCAAACGAUUCCGAGUCUCUCAAAGAAGCCACCUAUGAGCGUGACCUGCAGGUGGCCUUCCAAGAAGCAGAAGAUGCUUUCGGAGAUCCUUACUUCCUUGUUCUGAAAGGCGUUAAAGAUAACUUUGAACUAGCUGAGCUCCUAGAGUAUGUCGUUUAUCGAAAUGGGGAGCCAGUCAACGACAUCUACAUGGGUGCGGUUCGUUUGCAACCCCAGUUCAUCAUGGAAAUGAUUGCUUGUUCCCCGUUUCAGUUAUCUGCUGUUGCUUCUUCUGAUGCCUGGGAUGUAAGUUCUGUCUCCACCGGGGUAACGCGCACUGCCGAGACUUGGCAGAGCCGAGUUCGUUCCUUUUAUCAAAGAACUAUGCAAGAAAAAGAUCUGGGGUCUCGACAGAAACUGAUACAGCUCGGAGAAGAACUUUGUCCAAAAUGUCAUGAAAGAUACCGGUGGCCGCACAUUCUUCAUUGCUGCCAUAGAUUUUGUUUCCCUUGCAUAGUAAAACUGUAUCGCAAAGAUCGAAACUUCUUUACCUGCCCGAUCUGUUUAUGUUGUUCUUUGCCACCGAAAAAUUCCCCGUUUGGACCCUGUUCGCUGCCAAUAGACAUGCCUUUUGCGCGGGAAAUGCUUGAAGCAAAUUUGUCGCCAUUUUGUUGCACAAACUGUGUCAGUUACGAGGAUGCCGUCAAUUUCUGUACAGAUUGUUUGGUAUAUUUGUGUCAGCAAUGCUGUCUCCUCCACGACCAAAGCAAAUCAUCCUCGCAGCACAAGCUUGAGAACACAGACACGAAGAUUGGUGCGACCCCUGAUGGACAGAUCCUUGUCAUGUGCAGAAAACAUCCUGGAAAUGGUAUGGUCAAGUUCUGCAGGACAUGCUGGUCGGGCAUCUGUAACCUCUGUCUGGACAGGGAUCAUAACUCUCACGAAAUACUUGAACUCAGCGACGCCAAAGUGAUAAUCGGACAAAGAGUAAAAACCAACAAUGGAUACGUCCAAGAAUUGAGUGUCCGGUACCAUAGACUGCUCAUGGAGUUGAAAAAAACUAAACAAGAAAUUGAAGCAAUUCACAAAGCUGGUCGGCAUAUUAUUAGUGAAAUCAACAGGAAUCUCACUGAAAAAAUUGAAUACCUGGCAAGAAUCGCUCGUGAUGAAGUUGAACGAAUUUGUAAUAGGGUUCACCAUAUUCACAUCGAGGCUGCAGCUGAAAGGGAUAAAUACUUGAAGGAGAAAGCAGCAUUCAUGGCUUUUGUGGAACGAUUCAAUGAGUCGUCAAAUUUGGAUAAAAUGAUGUUACUACCGACGGUCGGCGAAAGGAAAAGGUAUCUGGACGACAAACUUAGACGUAACCCUUAUUUAUUGACGUUGGAUUUUAACUUCAAAUUUGAGCCUAAAUAUCCUGAAGUAAAUCAUGCAAUUGAAGAAAUAUUCACGUCUGUGCAAUUAGAGUGUGAUUACUAUUUGAAUCGCACUUUACUGAAUUCUCAAUGUGUACGCGACAGGCAUCACGUUGAGCCCUAUCAACCAGCGCCAUACAGUCUAGACUACAGAUUCCAAUCAGAAACAGCCGACAGACAAGGGCAACAGUUUUCCGGCAUUGAGACUUCCGCUGGUGCUGAAAAAGACGCUGGUAUCCAAGACAUUCAGAGACAGACAGUUCAAUAUAGCAGAAUUUUUGGACGAUAUGGUCGUGGAACUUAUGAAUUUGCGGAACCCAGUGGAGUACUAUACCUUCAUGACUGCACGCUGGCUGUUUGUGACACCAGGAACCAUCGAAUCGUGAUAUACACCGAAGAUGGAACUCACUUAAGAACCAUUGGCCAGCCUAAGGUCAUUCCUGAUCUCCCCCCGCCUUCUGAAGAAGCAGAUAAAACAUUUCCUCGAAUCUUUGGCAAGCUUUACUUUCCUUACAGAAUGGCACAAUGUCCACUUACUGGGAACCUCGUCGUGCUGGAGCGGCCGCCGAGCCUCAAUAUUCAGAUAUUCAGCUUCGAGGGGCAAUUUAUCAGAUCUUUCGGAAGCCCUCACCUGCAAAGUCCACGUGGGAUUACCGUCGACACAAGAGGCUUGAUCCUCAUUCUGGAAAGUAAGACUAUGAAUUUUUUCAUUUUCACUCCCGAUGGAGACCUGAUUAAUAAAUCGGUGCUUGGAUCUCUAGAAUUUCCAAACGACGUCGCUGCUAAAGGAGAUACCAUUUACAUUAGCGACAACAGAAGCCACUGUGUAAAGACAUUCGACUAUUCACUCAACUAUAGGAAGACAUUUGGCAACGAAAGUUUAACCUAUUACCCCAUCAGCGUAGGGUUUAACUGCAAUGAUUACCUUGUUGUGACAGACAACCACAACACGUUUAACAUCACCAUCUUUGGCCACGAUGGAAGGGUUCUGGCAGCGUUCAAAUCCCGAGCUAAACACGCCAACUGUUAUAAUGUCGCCUUGCAUCCUGUUCGUCCCGAACUGGCAGUUACCACAAAGGAAUAUCAAGUGUUGAUUUUUAAUUAUGGUGACUUCACCCCUGAAGGAUGCGAACCAAAGACAUAA